UUGGAGACGGAUUUAGAUGAACACAAGUAUGUUUUUCACAGCCCAAGUUCAAUUGCUUACACAUACUCCAGGUUGGUAAUUGACACGCUGGAGAAAACGGACAAGGAUAGAAAGUGCUACAGAAUGAUCAAUGGUGUGCUGGCCGAACGUAAAGUCGAAACGGUUCUUCCUAUUCUUCAAACUACAAGUAACGGGGUAUGGAACACAUACAUACAUACACAUGCACACGCUAUCAAGCAAUAUGUAACUGACGCGCUAACCUUUCUGAAGAUUAAAACGGCCAUGGAGCGACUGGUGGAACAGUACAAGCAGCUCGAAAAAGAGUUUAACGAGUUUCAAAAGAAGAAUCACAUCCAAGUCAUUCGUCAGUAG